AUGUACGAGCCCUCCCACCUGGCGGGCUGGAAGCUGGUGACAUCAGCGGUGCACUCGAAGGGGGGCGCAAUCUUCAGCCAGCUCUUCCACGCGGGCCGCGUGACCCACUCGUCCAUCACUGGCCCCGGGGGCCCUGUCAGUGCGUCCCCCACCGGGAUUUCGGGGCUCAUCAGGACGCCAUCUGGCAAGCAACCUUACGAGGUGCCCGCUGAGUUGACGCUAGGCCAGAUCAAGGGAGUCGUGGCAGACUUCAGGGCAGCGGCUGAGAGGGCAGUGGAGGCCGGAUUCGACGGGAUCGAGCUGCACGCGGGCAAUGGCUACCUGCUGCAGUCGUUCCUGGCGCAGAAGACCAACACGCGGGACGACGACUACGGUGGGGCCUCUGUGGAGAACCGCGCCAGGCUGGUGCUGGAGAUUGUGGACGCGUGCGUCGACGCGAUCGGGGCGGACCGCGGCGUGACGUUCAGCGACCUGGUAGAGCCGGAGGACGACGCACUGGCCCAGCUGGACUACCUGGGCCCGCAGCUGGCGCAGAGGCAGCUGGCAUACGUCUGCCUGUCGUCACUCAACGGGGACCCGUACUACAAGUUUGCCGGCCUGCCUGAGCCCAACUUCAAGGUGGACCCCUUCAAGUACUUCAGGGAGCGCUACAGCGGGGUGCUGGCCGUCAACGGCGGCCUGCAGCCCCAGCAGACCGCCGCCUACGUUGCUGAUGGCACUGCAAAUUUUGCCUUUUUUGGCGUGCUGUAUGUGGCCAACGCCAACUUGCCGGAGCUCAUCAAGGCCUCCGCCCCCCUCAACUAUGGCGGGGCAGACGCCUCCACCUGGUACGGCGGCAGCCCCGACGACGACGCCAAGAACUUCACGGACUGGCCCCUGACCGCACCUUGA